AUGGGCACGGCCUUCGCUGCUCUUGAGCACAGUAACCAGCACGAUUACGCGAGGAUCUGCAAGUCACGACGCCUCAAACCACUUCGUGAUCCAUUCUGGGAGGACUUACCAUUUGUCAAUAUCUUCACUGCUAUCACCCCAGACAUUCUGCACCAACUCCACCAGGGCGUCAUGAAGCAUCUUAUCUCCUGGAUAACGUCAAUCUGCCAUCCUGAGGAAAUUGACGAGCGUGUCAAACGUCUGCCACCGAACCAUAGUAUCCGAAUAUUCCAUAAAGGGAUCACCUCGCUUUCGCAUUACGCAACAGCAAGAUCUCGCCUCAUCUCUGCGACAAGGGCACUGCUUGAUUUCCUCUAUCUUGCCCAGUACCCCACUAAAGACAUCUUCAAAGUGCUUGGAGCUCGAGAAGAUUUCAACAUACUAAAGCUGCACUCACUCGUUCACUAUGCACGUGCGAUCAAAUUGUAUGGGACAACCGAUAACUAUAGCACGGAGUCCACUGAACGCUUACACAUUGACUUUGCAAAAGAUGCAUAUGCGGCCACAAACCACAAGGACGAGUUCCCACAGAUGACAGCAUGGCUGGAACGGCGUGAAAAAGUUCUCUUCCAUGAGAAAUUCAUUGAAUGGAGGUUGACAGCAGCGGCUACUGCACAUCCAUCACCAGGCUAUUGGGAGCCUCCGGACAGAAGCCUCGCGCUCUCUCAUCAUCUGACGAAGCAUCCCACACGCAAGGCAGUCCCCAUUGAACUUAUAUCUUCGCCAUCUGGAUAUGGGGCUACAUUCUUUCGCUCUGCUUUGGCUCGAUACCUUAUCCACGAAAAACACCCAUUGCUAUCCCAGCGAGAAGUUACUGAACAAGCAAGCGAUCACACCAUACCAUUUGACUCCCUCCCUGUCUUUCACAAGCUCAAAUUCAAACUCUCCGAUAACGAAGACACCUACAAUGCCAUUCAUGCGUACCCCGGCCGUCAACUUCCAAAAAAGGGCGAUGUUGCGAUUCCACAACGAUUCGAUACUGCACUUGUCAGAGUCGCUGACAAGACAGUCGGGUCAUCCUCAAUAACAGGUCUUCGUGUCGGUAGAGUCCGACUCAUCUUCGCAACUCCCAAGAUAUACUCUGCCCAGAGAGCAUCCAGAACUGCUGAGGAAGUCAACCACCUUGCCUACAUCAAGUGGUAUUCACCACUUACCAGGCUCCCGGAUGCAAACUACCGCAUGUACACGAUCAGCCGCAUCGCAAACGAGGCUUCUGUGGUCCCGGUAUCAGCAAUCAAGCGAAGCAUACAUUUGUAUCCUAAGUGGGGAGGGCCGGUGUGCCGUGAGUGGACGAGUUCAAACGUUCUUGACCAAUGCUCCACGUUCUUCGUCAAUCCGUUCAAAGAUCACCAUACGUAUUUCAAUCUUGAACCAUACGCCGGUUAUUCACAAACAAGCAUGAUCAAGGACGAGGACAACGACAGCAACCAUGUUCCCGGUCAACGACAAAUAGAAAGCGAUACCACAUCGCCUCGCUACUACCUCGGACUCGAAUGGCCCAAACAUUUUCCUCCACCUUCUUCGUUCAAACGUGACCCCACUUGGCCCGUCACACAAACACUCACCGCCCAACGAAACGAGAUCGAACUCUUUUGUGGUGAUGACCUCCAUUUCGACCUAUAUCAACUCCUACACCCUGUUCCUCAUUCAUCUACCCAGCACAAUCACACCACUCGGAUCUCAGGAGAGCGCGUCAACUCGGACUCACUCGGGUGUGCGCAGAUCAACUGCAACCAAGACAGCAAAUCGGACUCAGGGGAGGAUAUACUGGAAGUUAAGAGAGAUGAGGUUGUGCCGUCAUCUGUGGACGGGGAAGAGGAUGCUGUUAGUGUUUGCCUACUAGGUUCAGAUGAUGAGCAACUGGCUCGGAACUACCCCAGUGCUCACCAGGCAUACCCACAACUCCUACGACCCCACAAAUUGACCUUCCGCAUGUUGAUCGUGACACUUCGUCCGUCCACUCUGAAUUAA